UUUGACCACAUGCAGUGCCAAUUCAACUCGUGCCAGCAGCCGGUGCUGCCGGGCUCGACCAAGUGCGACUUCCAUCGCAACCGGUCCGAGUGUUCGGUGCCAGAGUGCUCCAACCAGGUCUUUGCCCGGAAGCUGUGCGUGCGCCAUGGCGGCCGCGCGCUCUGCAGCUUCGAGGGCUGCCGUGCCAACGCGCACCAGCGCGGCUUCUGCUGCCGCCACGGCGCCAAGGGCUCCAAGAAGCACUGCAUCGAGCCCGGCUGUGUGCGCCUCGCGCAGUCCAAGCACAGGUGCGUCCGGCACGGCGGCGGGCGCCCAUGCCAGUUCGAAGGCUGCACGACACACGCGCGGUCGGGCGGCCACUGCUCGCGCCACGCCCGACACAAGCGGACGCAAGACGACGGCGGCAUUUCAGACAGCACGAGCGAUGCGUCGAGCAGCAGCAGCAGCGUACACCACCACGAACGCCCGAGCUGGACCAAGUACAGCCUCGCAAUGAUCCUCAACAGCACCAGUAGCGAGCCCUGCCCCGUGGCGUGCUGAGCGCGCUUCGUAUAGUUUUAGUAGCAAUAUAAUAGACCGCCUCUCGU